CCAUUUCUCACUUCCCCCCGCACGAGAAAAAUUCGAAUCCCCCCCCAUCCGGCUGCUGGUUUUCGUCACCCAUCGGUGGUUUGCUCUCGUCUUCCUCCUCCCUCCGUCGUGCUAGAACUUUGCUCUUCUGGAAGCACGUACGUACUGCUUGCCCACCUCGGUCGCCGGGUGCGACCGUGCGCGAGCUAUAAAAACCGGCAAGCCAAAGGAUCUUGGUUGGUUGCAGGACAGAGACCUCGGCGGAUUCGAGAGUGUCGAAGGAAAUGCCCGUGAUGGCUCCGACCCCGUCGCUUCUACUCUCCCCGAGGCCGCUGCCGGCGAGCCACCGGGUCCCUUCUUCGCUCCCGGCGCUCCCGGCUUCCAGCCGGCUGCGUCCACGCCGCGGCCGCGGCCGCGCACGCGCCGACACCCGCCUCCGCGUGGCCGCGCCGCCGUCCGUCCCCGGGGAGGCCGACCAGGCGCCUGGGGAGACGGAGCCGAGCACGUCGUCGCCCGAUGAGAAGUUCGUGUGGAGGGACCACUGGUACCCCGUGUCCCUCGUCGAGGACCUCGACCCCGGCGUGCCCACCCCGUUCCAGCUCCUCAACCGCGACCUCGUCAUCUGGAAGGAUCCCAAGUCCGGCGAGUGGGCCGCCCUCGACGACCGCUGCCCCCAUCGCCUCGCGCCCCUCUCGGAGGGGAGGAUCGAUGAGACGGGGUGCUUGCAGUGCUCCUACCACGGCUGGUCAUUCGAUGGCUCCGGCGCAUGCACUAGGAUCCCGCAGGCGGCGCCCGAGGGGCCGGAGGCCAAGGCGUUGCGAUCGCCGAAGGCGUGCGCGAUCAAGUUCCCCACCCUCGUCUCGCAGGGGCUGCUCUUCGUGUGGCCCGACGAGAACGGGUGGGAGAAGGCCACAGCUACUGAGCCUCCGAUGCUACCGAAGGAGUUUGAGGACCCUGCAUUCUCCACGGUGACCAUCCAGAGGGAUUUGUACUAUGGGUACGAUACGCUGAUGGAGAAUGUCUCUGAUCCGUCGCAUAUAGAAUUUGCUCACCACAAGGUCACUGGUCGAAGAGAUCGAGCCAGGCCUUUGCCAUUUAAGAUGGAAUCAAGUGGUGCAUGGGGAUAUUCAGGGUCAAAUUCUGGAAAUCCUCGCAUCACCGCAACUUUUGUGGCCCCUUGCUAUGCAAUGAACAAAAUUGAGAUAGACACAAAGUUACCAAUUUUUGGAGAUCAGAAAUGGGUCAUAUGGAUUUGCUCUUUCAACAUUCCAAUGGCACCAGGGAAGACCCGUUCUAUAGUUUGUAGUGCUCGGAACUUUUUCCAGUUCACCAUGCCAGGGAAAGCAUGGUGGCAGCUUGUCCCUCGAUGGUAUGAGCAUUGGACUUCAAAUUUGGUCUAUGAUGGUGAUAUGAUUGUUCUUCAAGGGCAAGAGAAGAUCUUCUUGUCUGCAUCCAAGGAGUCUUCUGCAGAUAUCAAUCAGCAGUACACAAAGAUCACAUAUACACCCACGCAAGCUGACCGUUUUGUUUUGGCAUUCCGGGCAUGGCUAAGGAAAUUUGGUAACAGCCAACCUGAUUGGUUCGGAAAUCCUAGCCAAGAAGUAUUGCCUUCCACUGUCCUCUCAAAGCGUGAGAUGCUGGAUAGAUAUGAGCAGCACACACUGAAAUGCUCAUCUUGCAAAGGGGCAUACAACGCCUUCCAGACUCUGCAGAAAGUCUUCAUGGGAGCGACAGUGGCGUUCUGUGCAACUGCUGGGAUUCCUGCGGAUGUUCAGUUCAGAGUAUUGCUUGCCGCUUCUGCUCUGGUUAGUGCCGCGGUGGCAUACGCAUUUCAUACGCUCCAGAAGAAUUUUGUAUUUGUAGAUUACGUGCAUGCUGAGAUUGAUUAAACAAUCAUGACGCCUGAGAAUCUGGUGAUGUGACAUCACUCGAUCGUUUGGGCAACUUUAACUAGGAAUAUAGAUUUUUCGGUGGGUAUAGUCCAAUGUUAUAUUGUAGGCAAUAGGCUUGUAUAAUGUAUUAGCUCUUAGCGCCUUAGCGAACGAUGUAAAAAUGGUUCUAAUGAAAAAUGUAAUUUUGC